AUGAGCACUUCAUAUCUAAAAUCUUAUUAUCGCAAGGGUUCUACAUUAUUAACUUCUGAACAAAUAGAAACAAUUAGAACCCUCAAGGGAAAGGUUCCUAAAUAUAGAAUAAUAAGAGAUUUCCAUAUCAAUGAGAAUCGGGUUAAAGAUAUAUGGGGGAGUCAUGAACGUCAACAACAAAUAAUACAAAGUGACAUUUCCUCUGAAAUAUUACCUAUACCAGUAAUAUUACCUAAAAAUUCUAACCGAAUCGAAGGAGAGAUUUUAUUGCAGAGCAAGCCUGAAGAGCGAUCCAAGGAUCAUGGUUCUUUGAACCUACAUCUGAAGUCCACUACUCCUCCCAAUACAGAAAUAAAAAAGAGAAGUUCCAAAUCUAAGUCUAAAUCUGUUCGCAUAUCUGACCCAAUACCCAGCAGUAGUUCGAUAUUAGUUAAUAUUGACCAUGCCAGUUCCACUGAUAACUUAACAAAAAAAAUAAGUGGAGAUACUAUGAAUGGCGACAUUUUUAAUACAGAUAUAGUUACUCAGAUUGAACGAGAAAUAAAAAGAAAAGAUAAAAAUUUAGUUAAUACCACUCGCAUAGGAUCUACUACUUAA